ACAACUUUAGCAGGUGGAAACCAUCUUUCUUCAAAGCUUGGGUUGUCUUCAUUCUUACAAAAAUGUUUAAUUUUCUCCAUAUUGUUGCAGCUUGAUAUAUUACCUGCAGUUUGGCUUAAAGAGCUUGCCCUGUCUUGAUGCUUAAACCAAGCAUCUCAUGUUCUAGCAUAUAACUGCUGUGUUAUCUUGCUGAUAUUUGUUAUAUUCUAACCACAACAUCGACUCCCUGGUUUUGCAAGACUAGUUUUUCUAGUACUGUUAGUUUUUUUUUGCCCUACUUUAGAUUAGUUAUUCCUCCAGUGUAAUAUGAUGGUUAUUUCCAAUAUUAUAAAUGAUUGCAAGUGUAUCUUUCAGCCGGGUACUGGGGGGAUUGAUUGCUGGCUCUUUUCACUACUCUGGAAACAUCUGCAUAUGAGAAGGGUAAAUAUUUGUGGUUUGGGGUUUUGAUGCAUAAACCCCCAGCAGGACUACACACAGAGUAGUUCUGGUAUGACAAGGUAUAAAUGUAGAACCCUUAGCUACUAUAAUCUACGGAAAUCCUUUAAUGGGUGAGGCAGCUAAGGCAUUUAAGAGCUUCUCCACUUUAAAGUAUCUGAGACCUUGGACACCAGUGAGGGAUUGGUCAAAUAAAAGGUUCACAGAGAUUUUCUUGCAUGCAAAUUAAAUGUAAAAUACCUCUGGAGGCAGUUGAGUUCAUAGCAGUGAGACAGUUUCUAUCGAUGGAGACUUUUUGUAGCGCCCCCCCCCCAUGGGUAACUGAUUAAUGGAAUGGCUCAGUAUAAAGAUGGAUCAAUUGUCAAAACUACUGCAGUGCUAUGCAGUGAGUAUAUUUUGAGAGUGCAUCAUGAUUAAGUUAUUUGUAUUCCCCUUCUGGGGAUGUAGUCAUUCCAUAUCAGUUUCUGCAGAAACAUGACCAAUAGGAGAUACCGAGAGUGUGUCAUCCAUUUAUCUUGGGUUGCAGUGUUGAUAACGUUGACAUUAUUUGCUUAUUUUGGUGAGUACCUCACUGCACAAUGCAACAGUAGUUUUGCUCCUUGCACCAAUGUGAAACUUUAAGGAAUAAUACUAGACUCCCAAGUUCCCAAGCUGCUGCUCACAUGAGUCACAUGAGAAAUGCAACCUGCCACAACUGCUUGCUUGCGAGAUCCUGACUGCAGAGGAGGCUCCGCAGGACGGUUCCCCUCCUUUGUCUGUCUCUGGGUUGCUGUCCUUCGGCCAAAUUGCAUUUGUCUUCAGUCUCUCAGAAGUUGUACAUUUUGGGCUCUGGAUGGACUGGCUGUUGGCUACACUGAAAGAAUUUGUACUAAGUUCUUCCCAUGUGGUUUUGAUACAACCAUGUCAAGGGAUUGUUUAAAGUACAGAUGCAUCCCGAGUUAUUAAUGCCUUGGAUGAAAGUGAGCUAAAUACUGUGCAAAUUCAUCCAUUGAACUUUCAAUAGGCAGUAAAGGCCACAUCCUGGACAGGCUGCAGAGCCAUUGCAGGGCACAUGGGGAUUCACACACACUGCCUGUAUGUACAAAGCAGUGAAAACUUCAAUUAGGUCUUUGCAGUGGGUUUUAUUUACAGUGGAUGAAUGGUGGGGGAGGGGGGGCGGCAGCAUAAGGCAGUUUCAGGUGCAACUGCUACAUGAAGUGAUUCCAGAUGAAUGUCAUUUCCAAAAUCCUGCCCAGGAUAAGCAGUUAUCUCUGGGGAACAUUACAAGACCAUAUAUAUGUUUUUAAAUCUGCGUUUCUAAAUCCUGCUUUAAUCCUGGUUCUGCUACAUGGCAGGUUACUUCCAGGCUCAGAAUUUCUAAGACAUCAGAGACAUUGGGAAUGUUCAGAAACCAGCCAGACAGACGGCUGAAGCGACUUUGUAAUGCCAGAGAUGACGUCAACUUUUCCGACAGUUUCUCAUGAUUCGAGGAUGACCUCAAGUGUCUUUCAAAAAGAAUAGGAAACAUUAAGUUCUGUGAAAUGCACUGCUAGGACAACUUCGGGUUCCUAGAAGCAAGACCAAAGUCCCAAAAAGUAAGAAAAAAAGUCCAAAAAACAUAAAAGAACCAGGCCGCUGUUUGCAAAAAAAAAUAUAUAUAUUGUUUACAGACACAGACCCACAAACUGAGAAAUGAGAGAUGAACUGUGCUGUGAUCUCUUAAUUAAAUCCAGAGCCGUGUGUGGUUGUCAUGGCAAUUCUUUGUGCUAUUGAUCUUAACAAGAGUGCGUGGAUUUCAAAAAGCAAAAUGGCCCCAAAGCAUCGAUCCACACCUGGAUCUAUCUAAUAUAACUCAUACGCAGUAUUUUUUUCAGGCACCUUUUUUGCUCAUUUUCAUUAAGGCAGCAGGGUAACUUAAGUCAUGAUGGUGGGGUAUGUAUUACGAAAUGCUAUUUUAGACUGGGCCUAGGUCCAGGAUAUUUUGAGGGUGGGGCACUGGAGAGCUGGGGUGAUUGGGUAUAAGAGCCCAAAAAGUCUUUAAGAAAUUGGCUUCCUCCUUAUGUAUAUAGUAAAAUGUUUUUAAAAUCUGUGAUUGGUUGGCAUUUGCCCAGCCACAGGCGAAAGUUGUGAUUGGUGGCCUGGUUCCUCCCUGCCUGCUGAGCUCAGUUGCAGCUGAGCUUUGUUUCUGUAGACUGUUGACUAUAAAAUUCCAUCUCAUUUCCUCACAAAAAGAAUAUUGUGAAGGAAUAUCCUGCAGGAAACCACUCUCCUGAGGCGUUUUUAUAUAAUAAGAACCAGCUGAUUUUGGCACACAUAAAUGGGAAGCUUGCAGUACUUUGACUUCCAGUAAGACCCUGGAAUGGAUAACAUGAGUAAAUUUACCACCAGGAAAAACAACAUGAAUGCUUUUAUUUAUACCGUGCUAAUGGAGAACAAAUACAUGUAGUUCUCCAGCAAUAUGCUCACAACUAAGACCUGGCUGUAGGGUAAUAUUUACACUGUUCAUGUAAUGCAACGCAGGAAUGUAGAUCAUCCACUAGUUUUUUUUAUGUGCUAUUAUGGCUGAUGUGCAAAAUUAUGAGCUCUUAUUGUCAGCCUUGUCUCAUAAAUCAAAUAUUUUUACAAGAACAUUUUGCCUGGUCAAAGGCAAGAUGCACUUAUUAGCAAUUUUCAGUUGUGUACUCAGAGGAUAUUAUUAUUUUGUUAAUAAAAGCCAAUUGCAGCUGCAAUUGUUCUGAUAGACAAAGCUGAGUCACAAAAGUUUUCUAUAACUUAUGCGUAUACAUGUAUUGUUUUUCUCCCAAAUUCUGUGAAGUGUAAGAGCUGUGGAAUCCCGAAUCCCAUAGACUUCUCUGAUUACACGUUCAGUAUUGUGCCUCUUGCUACGGAGCCAGACCUCACUGUGGGAGGGGCUUGAGCUGCUUGCAGAUGGAUUGAUAGUCGUCCCAGAGUGGAAGAAGACAAUUAGUUGAGGAGCAUGUCGUGUCAGCAGGACGUGGUGUACUGGUGCAGCUGGGGCUUAAUCUUAGCCUCGGUGACCUACUUCAACAGGCAGAGGAAGAUAGAGACUCCUUAUGGCCGAUAUUUGGACACCUCUAAACCAGCCCUGAUGGUUCCUGCCAAAGUGGCGUGGUUCCUUCAGGAGCUGCCUUCCUUCCUGGUGCCGAUGGUCUUGCUCUACACUGCGGAUGAAGUCUCUAUCGUGGGCCGGAACCUGCUGCUGUCCACCUUCUGCUUGCACUACUUCCAAAGGACCUUCAUAUACUCCCUGCUGAACAAGGGCCGACCCACCCCUCUUCAGAUCAUGAUCUCCGCCAUGAUCUUCUGCUCUAUCAAUGGCUUCUUCCAGGGGUACAACAUGCUACACUGUGCAGAAUAUGAAGAAAACUGGUGGGCAGAUGUUCGCUUAUGGACUGGACUGAUAAUAUUCUUUGUGGGAAUGGCCAUUAAUAUUCACAGUGAUCAUAUUCUGCGAAAAUUAAGAAAACCAGGAGAAGUCACCUACAAGAUUCCAAACGGGGGCCUGUUUGAAUACGUCUCAGGGGCCAAUUUCUUUGGGGAGAUCUUGGAGUGGAUAGGCUACGCUGUGGCAACCUGGACUAUGCCCGCGUUUGCUUUCGCUUUUUUCACCAUGUGCUCCAUUGGACCAAGAGCCUGCCACCAUCACAGGUUCUACUUGAAACAAUUCAAAAAUUACCCCAAAUCCAGAAAAGCUCUGAUACCUUUCAUCUACUGAGGGCGUGAAGCGGGGGACGUGCACAGCUCACGGGGCGCCCUAAGGACAAAGCGGCGGGUGACGCAGGGACAGAAUCGUCACGAUUUUGAAGCUCAACUACACAAGCUAUGUUGCCAAGUCUGAGGAAUCUACACGCAGUAGUGGAUGAAGCUUUGCUCUCUGAGUCCAGGGCAAAAUUUUCAGCUUCAGUGUUCAGGUUUCCUUGAAUUGUACUUUUCCUUCACAGUCAGCAGGGUCAGGCUUUCUGUAAAUAUUACAGGUUGCCACAUCAAGGUCUUGCUCUAUUGGCUCUCUUCCCAUUUCAACAUGUGCUCUAUCGACACCGCCUGCAUAAUGACAAUGUGACAACCUCUCUUUUAGCUUUAUUGUUGAUAUCUCCCUGAUGUAUUCAAAAUAACAAAAUGAUUGAAAACGAAAUAAAAUGUAUGCGUCAUUAGAACGUAUUUAUUUAGGCGCCACCAAGUGGUGGAGAGCGAACGCUGGUAGAGCACAUCCACUACAGUGGGGUUAUUCAAAUCACGGUCCUUGAGGUCCGAGCACUGCUGGUUUUCCAGCCUUCCUUUACCUGUCAGUCAGGUGUGACGCCUCUGGCCAAUCAGAAUCAGUAAUUAUUAAACUAACUACCUGGGAGAACUGAAAACAAGGCCUGGAUUUAGAAUCGAGGUCCAGAUUUGAAGAACCCUGCACUACAGUAAGUCUGCUGGGGCUGCUGAUGUAAACAUGAGCCAUUGUUUACCCAGAAAAAUCAAGACGUGAAAGUUAAGGCCAAAGAUCUGCAAGGACGGUUCAAACUCUAAACAGCAUCAGCCACAUUUAUGUAAUUAAAGCAAGAAUAUGUAUGUAACCUCGGUAUUUUCCCAACAUUUCAUUGAACAUAUUUUACAUAUGGUUUUGUACAUUUUACAGUCGGUUUCAGCAAAGGAUGACAGAGUUUAACCAGUGAUGUAAAUACUUAUGAAUAAAAUGGAAAAAAAUGC